AAACAGGACAUAACGUCAGUUAUUUCCAUUCUAGAGGCAGUGAUUAUUGGCCUUAAAAAACUGUUUCCUCGCCUAACAACCAUAUAUCUGCAAUCAGAUAACGCGAGCUGCUAUCAAAACACCAUGCUAUUGGUUCUUAUUCCCUACCUUGCAUUUACCUAUUCUCUAUGCAUUCGGCGGUAUAUCCAUACUGAAACCCAAGACGGCAAAUCUGUAUUGGAUGCUCAUUUCGCAAGAUGCACCCAAAAAGUGUAUGAAUACUGCAAAGAAGGUAAUUAACUUUAUAUAAUAAACUGACUUUUACGCCUUUUUACUGAGUGAAUGGUUUCGUAGGAAAUGACGUGGUUACGCCAAUCCAGCUGGUUACGGCUCUUAAGCACUACGGCGGGUUGCCUAAUUGUAUAACUGAACUAGUCAAACUCGAACGAGAGACAGUGGCAAAGGUUGUAAUGGCUUGCGCAACGGUGGAAACUAAGCUGAAAAAAGCCAUGAAACGAAAGAACGACGUGUUUUUUACACAAACUGACUGGCCACACCGUAAUGAAAUGCCUACUUCGUCGAAUAAUGAGGAAAGUUAUCAGAAUAUGCCUUGCUUUUCCAUACAAGGAUUCGAAUACUCAGGGAUAGGCAAUCCAACAAGUUACAUUGUAAACCCUGCCGAAGAAACUGUCGUUAUAGACAACGAUAGUUUAAACGACCUGAGCGACGGUUCCAGCACGGAAUCGGAGGAUGAUCUAGACUAUGAAUGCAUCGAGGAACUUGAAAUAAUGCAAUCAAGUGGAAAUAAUGCUGAUUGCACGACUGAAAACAUAUCUGCCAUUGAGCGUAAGUCAUCAAGUAACAGCGACUACUCGGAAGAAGGUAUGUCUGGUGACAGCGAAGCCCCAGAUCAACAAGACAUCGCACCUGAAACGACUGUCGGAAAGAUAACGGGUGUUUACAUCUAUUCGGAUUCUCAAUUACGUUUCAGGCGACAACGAUGGAAAAGCAAAGGUCGCAAAUCAAAGGACCCUGAAGUCCGUCUGGCAAGGAAGAAAAAUCUGUUAAGCUACGCAUUACGAACUGCAUGGAAUAUGCAAUUGAACGGUAUAAUGCAAUGUGAUCGGACAGAUGACUCCCUGGAAGAACAGUCUUUAUCUUUAGCUGAGACUUUUACUGUGCCCUUGCAAUUUCAAAAAGGUUGGGCUAAACGGCCCAAGAAUGGACUAAUGUAUGGACCAAAGCACGUGCAGAGUUACCGUGCAGAUAUCUAUGAAUUAUACAAGCUUGGGGAAGAAGACAAAAAGAAUAAACGAAGCCCAGCUCAAAUGCGAGAAGCAUUACAGAUGAAAUAUCCAGAAGAAUUUUGUCUCCCGUCUGAAAACGACAUACGUGUCGAAAUCAACAGGCUUCAAACGAAAAAGAAAUCCCCUCAAGCCACUUCAAGAGUAGAAAAAACCACGGAUGUGUACAGCGAGUACAUAAGGAACCUAGCGAAAAACAAUUGCCAACUUAAACCAAAAGAAGCUGUUAAGUUGAUUACAGAAAACUUCCCAAGAAAAGAUCACCCACAAUUACCAUGUGAUUCUCUGUUAUCGAGGAAAUUUUCCUAUCAAAAGAGAUGUGUGACUAUGCAAAAAAAUAGAUCGCAAUCAAAUGUCUAA